GGAGGCUCAGGUGGAGGAUACGGCGGCUCCUCAGGUGGAUCGUCUGGAGGAGGUUCCUUUGGUGGAAGAGGAGGAUCAGGUGGAGGAUACGGCGGCUCCUCAGGUGGAUCGUCUGGAGGAGGUUCCUUUGGUGGAAGAGGAGGCUCUGGUGGAGGAUACGGCGGCUCCUCAGGUGGAUCGUCUGGAGGAGGAUCCUUUGGUGGAAGAGGAGGAUCAGGUGGAGGAUACGGCGGCUCCUCAGGUGGAUCGUCUGGAGGAGGAUCCUUUGGUGGAAGAGGAGGAUCAGGUGGAGGAUACGGCGGCUCCUCAGGUGGAUCGUCUGGAGGAGGUUCCUUUGGUGGAUUCUUCGGCGGUGGAUCGCCUGGAGGAAGCCGUUUGGGCGGCUUCGUCCCUUCCCGAACUGGUGGCUCUUCAGGAGGGGAAUCUUUCGGUGGAAAAGGAGGCUUCGGAAGUGGAAGGGGAUCCUUCGUUGGAAAUAGAGGAUCUGGUGGUGAAUAUGGUGGAUCCUCCGGUGGAAGAGGAGGAUCUGGAGGUGGAUCCUUUGGUGGAGGAUACAGUGGAUCAACAGGAGGAUCCUUCGGCGGAAGAGUAAGCACCGGUGGUGGAUCCUUCGGUGGAGGAGGUUCCGUUGGUGGAGGUUAUCUUCCACCCAGCAGAGGAUAAGGGCUUCCUCUUACUUUUACCUUAUUUAUCACUUACAGAAGCUUUGUUAUCAAUUCUGAAUGCUUUUAUAACUACUACA